GAAAUGAAUCCGCAAAGACUGCUGUUCAGCGGUUCAAAUUCGUGUGAGCGUACAUGACAUAGUUGAAGGAGGUCAGCUCGUGCAAUGUCUAAAGCAUGAGUUCUUCAAAGAAAGAUGACUUGAAAAACGAACCGUUAGAUAAACUGCCUGAACCAGAACCUACACCAGAGACAAAGGAGGAAACAAAGGACUCGUCUUCAUUUAUGCGCAAGUUUGACAUAAAAUUUAGAGAUGACUGUGUGUCUUGCAAGUAUAUCAGUGCCGCUGUUUGCUACGGCUGUGGAGUAAUUGUGUUGCAAACUGUCAAAAGUAUCCCAGCUUCAAACCUACCAGCAAAGGUGAUGACUGGAAUUUUUGGUGCAGGUCUUUUUGGAAUUGGAACAAUGAGACUUUUUCAAGAACCUACCAAAUCAUCAGUUGAGCAAACCUCAAAUCCGAGUACAAACCAAGACAACAGCUGAUGAAGUGCUGGGGAUGCUGACAGUCAACAAAUAGACCAAGAUAUCAUAACAUCCAAUAAUAGCAGCUGAUAUUGCAAAUAAUUUGCAGUAAUUAUUUGCCGAACAUCAAGAUGUUCUUGUAGCUCAUGUUUAUUAAAAUUCAAAAGCAUAAGGUGGACACCCCCUUCAAGUGGAAACUAAUAAUCUUAGCCUGCAAGCAGGGUUAUGGUGGAGUCUCACAUGUGCAGGAGCAGCAACAGCCAACCUCAAUCCCAGACUAUCUUUCCUUUGCCUCCCUUGUCAUUGAGACAGGAGGCAAAGGAGAGAGAGCCUGGGAUUGAGUUUGAGUUAUAGCUCAGGGACGGUGGAGCCAGGGCAAUUUUAAGCAAAAAAUACAUAAAAUAAUAAUUUUACAAAUAUCUCCAGACCCCCAACAAGUUAGCACCUCUGGUGCUCGCUUGUAAGUCCCCCCAAUUCAAAAUACGCUCUGCCAUCCCUGUAGGUAGACUGAUUCAGCCGGGAAGUCAAUUCAAUUUUCUUUAGAAAUAAAGCAACUGAUUGUUACAA